AUAUCAAUUAUAAUAAAUUAAUUAUAAAUUGUUUAUUUAUUUAAUUAUUUAAUUAUUUAUUCAUUUAUUCAUUUAUUAUUGUAUAUUAAACUAUUUGUUACAUAUAGUAUUAUAUUGUGAUAAUCAUCACACACCAACAUACAUUUAACAUAACCCCCAUCACACCUCCCAAAAAAAAAGAUAAAUGGAUAAUAGAAAUAAAAUUACCAAUUAUUUUUCAAAGAACGAGAGUGACAAGCAACCAGAUCAGCAGCAGCAAAAUAAAAGAAAAAAGAUUGAAAGAACAGAUACCAUAGUAGAUGAAAAGCAAUUAAACUUUUUAGAUUCAGAAAAAACCCAAAUAUUAUCAAACCAAAAAUCAACACUAAAAGGUGGUAGCGUAGACCAAGAGAUUGAGGCAACCCAAGAAAUGGAUACCGACAGUCUCCCAAAGAAAUAUAAUGAUAGUAAUAAUAAUAAUAAUAACCCAUUAAAGAAAUCUAAAAAUAGCAGCACCACAUCCACCACUACCACUACAGCACCAAACAAUGAUUUAGAUGAUUUUGUAUUAGAAGAAAGACAAACUAGUACAAUAUUUUUAAUACCAUCAGAUAGUGAUGAAAAAUAUAUUGAUGUUUGGAAUUCAGAGUAUGUUAAAUUGCCAUGUUCAAAAAAUAAUGUAUAUAAAUCAACUAUUGAAACUACAAGUAGACAGCCAUCGUCAGCAUCAUUAUCCUCAUCUACAUCGGGGGUAUCAACAGGUGAUGUUAAAACAGUUACAGAAGUUAAAUAUCUUAGUAAAUGGUACUUAAUCAAUACAGUAUUAUCAAAUCCAAUCAAAGAUUCUGAAGCUUUGGAACAAACCAUUAAAUCAUACAAUAAACACAGUAGAUGGGACUUCCAAGGGCUACAUGAUUUCUUUGAAUGCGAACUUACCGAGUCAGAAACCAAAGAUUUCUUUAGCAAUACACUUCCAAAGAUUAUUAAAUUAGCACUUCAAUUGCCAUUUGUUUGUCCACGUCCAAUUCCACUUUUACGUAAAUCGGUCGAUAGAGAAAUCGUUUUAUCACAAAAACAAAUUGCAUCUUUAAUGGCAAAUGCUUUUCUCUGUACUUUUCCAAGACAAGGACCAUAUCAAAAAACCUCCAAUAGCGACUCAUAUCCAACAUUUAAUUUUAAUUCACUUUAUUCUGGUUCUAUGAUUUCAAGUAGAGCAGCAAAACUAAAAUGUAUUUUACAUUAUUUUAAAACAAUCACUGAAAAGAUACCAAAUGGUAAUAUUUCUUUUCAUAGACAAGUUUUUGAUGAUUCUGAUAUACCAGAUUGGGAAAAAUCAACAGCAUAUUUAAGAGAUUUAACAGCAUUUGCAGAGGGUACCAUUGAAGAUGAUGGUAUUGGUAUGUUACAAGUCGAUUUUGCAAAUAAAUCAAUUGGUGGAGGAGCAUUAGGAUAUGGUUGUGUCCAAGAGGAAAUUAGAUUUUUAAUUAAUCCAGAAUUAUUGGUAUCAAUGUUAUUCACUUCGAUUCUUGAAGAAAAUGAAACAGUUAUUAUAACGGGUGCUCAAAGAUUUUCAAAAUAUAAGGGCUACGGUCACGAAACAUUCCAAUGGGAUGGACCAUAUGACGAUAAAACUCCAAAAGAUCAAUUGGGUAGAAGAUUAACAACUAUUGUCGCAAUGGACGCUAUCAAAAUUCACGGAAAUCCAUUCCAGCAAUUCUCACCAAACCAUAUCGAACGUGAAUUAAACAAAUCAUUAUGUGGCUUCUUUGAUCGAGUUUCCGUAACAAUACCACCACCUAUCGCAACUGGUAAUUGGGGUUGUGGUGUUUUUGGUGGUGAUAAACACUUAAAAUCAAUUAUCCAGUUGAUGUCAGCUUCUCAAGCCGGUAGGGAUAUAUGCUACUAUAGUUUUGGUGAUCAAGAAUUUACAAAUGAAUUAACAAAUAUGGUUGCCUUGCUUCAUCAAAAAAAGGCAAAUGUUGGAUCGCUAUAUAAAGCUCUUUGGGAAUAUUACAAUUUAAUGUCGCACACUAAAUCAAAUUUAAGUUUAUUUUCUUAUUUAGAUGCUCAUUUUUCUUAAAAAAAAAUAAAUUAUUAUAAUAAUAAAAAAAUAUUCGAUUUUACAAAAUAAAAUAUAAUUAUUAUAAU